AUGGAUUUUUCAAUGAAGCUCCCUUCUUCUCAUUCUUUUCUAACUUUAAUUUCCACUAUAAUUCUCCACUUGAUAUUUUUCAUUUCUCUUUGCUUUGAAGCAAAUGCAAAAGUUGAACUUCCGGAAAAUGUUUUAAUUCCAGCAUUGUUUGUGUUUGGAGAUUCAAUUAUGGAUACGGGAAAUAACAACUUCAAAAAAACAAUAACUCGAUGCGACUUUGCACCAUAUGGAAAAGAUUUUCCUGGAGGAGUUGCAACCGGUCGAUUUAGCAAUGGAAAAGCUCCAUCAGAUAUUAUAGCUGAAGAAUUAGGUAUUAAAGAAUUUCUACCUCCAUAUUUGGAUCCAAAACUCUAUGCUACUGAAUUGGCAACUGGUGUGUGUUUUGCAUCAGGUGGUUCUGGCUUCGAUCAUGUUACAUCAAAAUUGUUGAAUGCAAUACCUUUAUCAAGCCAAUUGGACUCAUUCAAAGAAUAUAUCGAGAAGCUUAAAGUAUCUGUUGGAGAAUAUAGAACAAAUGAAAUUUUAGUGAAUAGUAUUUUUAUUGUGGUGUUUGGUAGCAAUGACAUUUCCAACACAUAUUUCUUAACUCGUUUGAGAAAAAUUAAAUAUCCUAAAUUUUCUGAUUAUGCUGACCGUUUGGUUAGUAUAGCUUCCAACUUCACUAAGGAAAUAUACCAACUAGGGGCAAGGAGAAUCGGAAUAUUCAAUGUGCCGCCGCUAGGGUGUGUUCCGAUGCAGAGGACGGUGGCGGGAGGACCCGAAAGAAAAUGUGUUGAAGAAUACAAUAAUGCAACAGUGUUGUUUAAUGAUAAGUUAUCCAAUCAAAUCGAUUCAUUAAAAACUGACUUAUCCGAUAGUAAAAUUGUUUAUAUGGAUAUUUACAGUCGCACACUCGAUGUCAUUGUGAAUAGUCAAAAUUAUGGGUUUGUAAAUGAAGACAAAGGGUGUUGUGGCACUGGAAAAUUAGAAGUUGGAUUUUUAUGCAACCGUUUUGGAUCCAUUUGCUCAAAUGCCUCAGAACAUGUGUUUUGGGACAGUUUUCAUCCCACUGAAAUCUUUUACAAAAUCACUAUACCCCCUCUACUCAAAAAUUAUAUGAGCCAAUUUUUUUGA